AGACAUAUUUUGCAUGAUAGAAAUUGAAACUUUCUCUUUAGUCUACAAAUUCCACGGUGGAUUUAUUUACCAGCAAUCAUUUUUAUAACAGAAAAGUGUUAGAAAAACGUAAAACCUGCCAUUGCCUGAAGUUUGGAACAAAUGCACUCUGACCUCAAACAUAUAGCGUAGUGUGCGAAAUGCCGCAGAAGGGUGAGGCCGUGUGUGUGGUGCUCCCGGACUUUACAGAUGUCUUGGAGGAGUGUGAACAGGUACUACGAAAAUGCUUCAAGAAAUACAAAAUCGACGAAGUAUUCCUGUCGUUCAACGGCGGGAAGGACUGCACCGUGCUCCUGGACAUAGCCAUCAAUGUACUGACCGAUAUAUACAAAGACAAAUCUGUGAUAAAGAACCUUAAGGUGCUGUAUAUAAGGACUAAAAGUCCAUUUAAAGAACUAGAAGAGUUUGUGAAACAAGUGGAGCUCCACUAUGGGAUCACACUGGAAGUGACGGAAGGCGAGUUAAAAAGCACCUUGCAAAGGAUAAUGGACAGAGACAAUAGGUUAAAGGCCUGUCUUAUGGGCACGAGGCGGACCGACCCGUAUAGUCAUGAUUUACAAUUUAUGCAGAAAACUGAUGCAGACUGGCCCCAAAUAAUGCGCGUGUCUCCGCUGCUGAACUGGUCGUACCACCAGAUAUGGAGCUACAUCCUGGCGCGGCAGGUCCCGUACUGCAGCCUCUACGAUCAGGGGUACACAUCGAUAGGCAGCACACUGAACACGUGGCCGAACCCGGCGCUAGCCGUAGACUCGGGUUACCGACCCGCCUGGCAGCUCGUCGACGGAACCCGAGAGCGCGCCGGCCGGGUCCCACCCGACGCGCAGAACGGAGUCAAUGGGAAAUGUGAAAAGCUAUAGCCAGUUUUGUAUGUACGACGACCAGAUGAAACCAUAUAUACACGUAAAUACAUCCAACCCGGCCAGUCCUGUCACGGUCGCCAUGUGGUGGGGCGACGAUUAAAUGAAACAAGUGUAACUGUUCUCACGAAGCAAGCAUAAAUCCUUAUAUCUAAACGUAAUAAUAAUGCUAUGCACACCUCACUCGUAAACGUAACCCGAAAGCGCGCCGGUCGGGCCUCACCCGACACGCAGAAUGGAGUCAAUGGAUCUUGAAAAGCUAAUAUACAUAGGUAGUUCCGUUCGUAUCAGGAGUAGAUAAAUGCAGAUUAAUAUUUAGCGGUAUGAGGCUUUUUUAGGGUUCCGUACCCAAAGGGUAAAAACGGGACCCUAUUACUAAGACUCCGAUGUCCGUGUGUCUGUCACCAGGCUGUAUCUCAGAACCGUGAUAACUAGACAGUUGAAAUUUUCACAGAUGUUGUAUUUCAGCUGCCGCUAUAACAAAAAAUAGGUACUAAAACAGAAUAAAAGAAAUAUUUAAAUACAACAAACGUGAUUUUUUUUACCGUUUUUGCGUAAUGGUACGGAACCCUUUGUGCGCGAGUCCGACUCGCACUUGGCCGGUUUUUUUUCGUAAUCAUGAACACGAGGGUCACAAAUGCAAAAGCCAUUCAAAUUAAAAUUGUUCUACGCUAAUAAACUAUUUAAAUUUGUAUUAAAAUCACCAGUAUGUAGUUUUUAUGUCUUGUAUCAACGUCAGGCAGCUUUAUUUAAAUAAAAUUUGAAGUUCUAUAUUUAUUGACCAAGUGUUAGAUAAUAUUUUAGUACUAUUUAUUUAUUAGACAAACAAACUUGGAUUGCAUUUCAUGAUAUAAUCAUUUGCAUCUGGGUUUUAUGUAUUUUUGUAAAGUUAGGGUUGGUUGCACCAAACCGUCUGUCACCGUUAAACAGUUCGCUAAAUAUAAAUGUAUGGGAAAUCUCAUAUUUCAAUGCUGACUUAAGUUAGUCCAUCAACUGUGUUUGGUGCAACCGGCCCUUAGGCCCACUUGCACUAUGCCACUAACCCGGGGUUACGCGGUUAAACCGUUAACCCAGUGUCAAAUUGUACUGGUAACCAUGGUAACACCAAGUUUAACCGGUUAACCCCGGAUUAAUGGAAUGGUAGUCGUGGAAUUUGUAGACGUAAUAGUUAAAUUUUGAAGAUAUAAUUAUUCGUAACUUUACUGUACUUUUGAAAUAGUGUUACCUUUUUAUGUGAUAUUUUUGAGUAUGAGUGCACCUAUAUUUUUACACUUGGGGGUUGUGCACAAAUCACGCGAGGUGUUUUCGACUACUUAUUGACCCCCCCUUGGUGAUAUUUGGUGAGGUUUUUGGGUACCCCUAUAACCUCACGUGUAUUUCUUUUUUAAUUUUUCCAUCCGACCGGCCAAGGCCACGUGCUCCAAAUUUUCGUAAACAAGACUCGCUCGAUUUAUGUUUGACGAAACCGAGAAAAAGUUUCUACAUCAUGUGGGAGGUAUUUUUUCUUACUUUCGUUCACUGUAGAAGAAUACACGUGAGGUCUCCUUAUACAAACCCCAAUGUGAUCUGUCGUGAUUUUUUCGUGACCCUACCCCUCCCUAUCGACCCCGCGUGAUUUGUGCACAAGCCCUUGACUGUAUGUACAGUCGCCAUCAGAUAUAUCGGAGCGGCCAAGGUGCUCACAAAUAUCGGAACACGCCUCUAUUGUCAGGGCGUUAGAGCGCGUGUUCAGAUAUUGUGAACACCUUGGCCGCUCCGAUAUAUCUGAUGGCGACUGUACUUACCUCUGGCGUUGAAUCAGUCCCUAUGACAAGUAGCUGUCACGUAAGAGGCUAUUGAAAUAUCAUUAGAUAAGUUUUAUUUCUAAUUAUUUUAGCUCCAAUUUAUAUUUCUCAGCAAGUUAUCUCUAAAGUACUUAUUACGUUACGUUAGUACGUUAAACGUACUUAAGAUAUUUUGUGUAACAAAAUUAGUUAUGGUACUCGUACUCGUAAAUUUGUCAAGAUGUUAAAUUAAUUACCUAACAAUACUGACUGCAGUAAAUCAAAGACCUUUAUCCGCACAUUACCUUUCAUAUACUGACUUUAUACGUAUAAUAGGAGAGCUAUGUCUACACAUUUUAGGUACAGUAAAAAUGUCAGGUUGCCAUAAGAAUUUUUUUACGAAAAAAAGAAUACGACUUUUAUAUAAGGGUUGAUUUAGCCCCGCUAUCCUCCAGCCAGGUCUGUAGGGUUAGACCAAGAAAAGUCUGCAGCGAUUUUGAUAGCCCACGCAGUGCAAGUGUUAUAUAAACGUCAUAGAUAAUUUCAUAGAAGUUUGACGUUUAAAAUGACACUUGCGUGAUCAAAAUCGCUGCAGACUUUUCUCGGUCUGACACUAGUUCUGUGUUAGGGUAUGAUAGGAGUAGUAUGAGACAAAUUUUAAGCUUGCCUCAAAUAUCUACACACGACCUACAGUAAAAUAUAUUAUAAUGUCUACCAGCUCGUAGUCUCGGACCAGUAGUAAUUCAGAGAAUAUAAGGAAUAUCUAUUGAAAAUCUGCGCCCUAGAACUCUGGUAUCUUUAAGUUAGCGGUGCCGUAAUUUCUACUUAAAAUCUUGUGUUAAAUUUAUUUCGAUUAAAACACAUUCACUACCAAGAACCCGCUAGGUGUUUCCACUUUGUAUUGAAAAUGGGGCGCUUGGCACUAAAAGUGUCAAAAACCUGCAGACGCGUUGUCAUUGGCGUUUAAGGUCUUUAUAUUAAUUAUUUUUAUUUAUGUAGGUAUCAAAUAUAAAUCUCUAAUCUAAUAUUCUCUUUGUAUGUAUUGAAUUCGUACUACGACUAUUGUGAAUUGUGGUUUUGACUUACGAUGGAUUUUAUAUAAAAUGUAUAGUUUUGUGGUGAUCCAAUGCACUAUUUUGUUGUAUAAAUAUUUAAAUUAAAUUGUUUUAAUAUUUUGAACAAGCUUAACACAAUAAUUUAAAUCCAAAAUAAUAUGUGAUGGUAGCAUACUCAUAGUUCAAAUAUACGAAUUUAUUUU